AGGAAACUAGUCAGAAAGCUGUGUCAAAAGUAACUUGAACAUUUCUUUCUUAGCAAUUAAUAGAAAUAAAAACGUCCUUUUUCGUGUGUGAAUAUCUGCCUAUUUGAUUGUCCUGUAUAUAUGCAGCUGAACACACCAUCUCCUGGAUAUGGCAGGUCUCUGUAGUCUCAAGAUGCUGCUGCUCUGUGCUGGAAUCAUCGGUUUGGCCAACUCCACUCCUCCUACAAGCAUCUCACCCUCAACCACAACCACUUCAGCCAGCACUCAAACAGAGUCUCAGUCAAACACCACUCAAAACCAGACCUCACCUCCAGCCACCACAGUAGCUACUGCCAUCAAAGUCAUCACACAAACCCCUCCACCUCCACAGUGUUCUUACACUGUCACACCCAUCAAGUCUGGCUUCAGGAUUAACAUUACAAGCUCCACCAAUGGUAGCUACACCAUAAACAUUAAUGAGGAGGGCCGACCUGAGACAGGAAUGAAAUUCGAGCACACCAAUCAAACCUCAUCACAUGAAAUCAAACACCUGAAGCCCUGUACUAAAUAUGAACAUAAUGUGGCAUUUAUUGAUGAACCUGGCAAAGAAAUACCCUGUACCUGCACUGAAAAUAAAACUACAACAACUAAAAUGAGUAAAGAUGACAUUGAAGAUGCCAUCUGCCCUGGAUAUGUUUGUUACCGGAGUGAUUGGGACAUUAGCUCUUCACUGUCAACAUCAAAUAAGAUUUCAGCUGAGCCAUGCAAAAGUGACAAUAAAGCAUUCUGUAUCAAACCUGGUUACGAUGACAUCUGCUCAGAUUUGAUUACAACCUUCACUUCAGGACACUGUGUGGAUUCUCCCUUUAGCCUCAACAAAAGCAUCACUGUUGAUUUCUUAAAUCCAAGUGAAAUAAUACAGACUCGUCCCAAUAAACUUCCUGCAACAAUAAAACCAAUAUUACCUCCAAACUGUAAAAAUCUCACCAUUGAUUACACCUGUCAGGAACCUGGAAAACCCAACAAGCUUUUUCUGUCUGAGCUGGAGCCCUUCACAGACUACAGCUGUAUUGGUCAGAUCAAGGACAACAAUGUCACCAUAAAAAACACAACUGCUAUCGACGUCCAUAUUGACUGUGAUCUUACAAUAAAAAUCACAAAGAGCCAUGCAACCAAUAACUCCAUUGAGUUGAGUUGGACCACGACCAGUCAGAACUGUCAAGAUGACCUUCAUCGUCUUCAGAACCUUUAUUAUGUCUGCAGUUGUCCUUCCUCCAAACGGAAACACAGGAUCAAACACAACAUAACAGGAGGAACAUGUAAUAUUUCUGGACUGGAACCAUUCACCGAGUAUACCUGUGAAGUCCAACCCACCUACAACAACAUGGACGUUGGCAAACGAGCAGCUAAAAAACAGCAAACUGAGGCUGGAAAACCACGAGAUGUUACUAACCUGAAGGUGACUGUUCCAGAGCAUAAUGUGAUUAGAGUAACCUGUGAUGGUCCUAAACAUUCAAAUGGACCUAAUAAGACAUUCAUUGCGCGUCUUCAUGGUGGCAGUGCCCCUCGGGAGCUUAAAUAUGAGAAAUGCAACUUUGAAUUCAAAGAUCUUAGCUACUCUACCAAAUACGAAGUGAAGGUGACUGUUUGCAACGGACAUUAUGAGAGCGACCCCCAGAUAAAAACUAUUGCCACUCUCUAUAAUGACAAAGCUCUCAUUGGGUUUCUGUUCUUCCUCAUCAUCCUCACGCCUGUGGGUCUGUUUUUGGUCUACAAGAUUUUCAUCCUGAAGCGCAGAAAGUCCAGAGACAAUGUGAAUGAAGAUAUGAUGCUUGAAUCAACAGCAAUUUAUGCUAACAUGCCUCAAUCUAAAGGCCCGUCGUAAAGAUGCAUGCUGAUGAAUUAAGGCCUGAUGGAGCAGCCAACCAAAUCAUCAUUCACUCCUAUUAAUUUGUUUUGCAUGCAGUUGGCCAUUUUUUUAAAAAUCUAGUUACACUGGCACCUAGUCUGUUUAGAUUGAUAAUGCCUUGUCUGACAGAGGUCCAACAUGUUCUUUGAAGUGUUUUGUUUUUCCUGACUUAAAACAUACUUUUUUCUGUUGUUUUAAUGUGCACCUUGUAACAAUUGGAACUGUUCUUUUCGCAUGAAACUUUUAAUCUUGAUGACAUGAGAUGAUGACACUUACAAUUUAACGUUACACAAUUUAAGACUAAUAAAAUAAUAUUACAUCAAGUUUUAGAUCCCAGCCUUAAAGGUGUCUUUGAUCAUUUUACAGCAGCCUUCAACAAUGCUCAAGUCAAAAGCAAACCAAGCAUUUGGGGCUAUGAACAGCUUAUAAUGUUAGAAUGGCAGAAUAGUAUUUUAAAAUCACGCUUAAACAUGAAGAUGUGUAGCAUGGCUUUUAUAUUAUCACAACUUGUGUUUUAUUGUUCUGUUGUGAUCAUGUCAUACUGUUUAUUUGUAUUUUUCUGACCAGUUGUACACAUGUCAAACGCCACCUAAGGAAAAGGAUCAUUUUGGCCUUUUUUCUUUUUUACAGGUGCUGUUUUUUGUGUAUGUUUUUGAGGUAUUGCCUUUCAUAUUUGUAUGACAUUAUUACCUAUCAUAAUAAAGAGGUCCAAGCAUUCA